UGCUCGACGUAUUGGCUAUUUAACUGCGGAAUUUAGUUUUGAAAAUUUCCGUUUUGUCCUAUCGUGCUCCGCGGCAAUAAUUCGUUAGUACCAUCGAAGCAAGCAUAAUGCAAACACCAGCGAGAAAUAGACGCGCAUUGAGGAGCCAACUUAGAAGAGCUGUGCUGGCAGCAGUUGAAGUGUGCAGAGAAAUGAUCCAGGAGGAGAUCGACGAUCUCGAAGGAAACACCCACCGGCCGUGGGUGCGCCAGUGGAUUUCCCAACGACGCGUUGCAGGGGCAUCCGCCGUUCUGCUGCCAGAGUUAUCAGCGGAAAAUCACCAGGAAUACAGAAAUCAUCUGCGCUUGUCACCGAUUCAACUGGAGCAGCUUCUGACGGCGGUGCAGCCCAGGAUACAAAGGCAGUACACCCUCUUUCGCGAUCCGUUGCUUGCCCGCGAAAAAUUAGAAUCUACAUUAUACUAUUUAGCUACGGGGUGCAGCUUUAGAACAAUAGAGCAGAUAUUCCGGAUACCUAAAUCAACUUUUUCAAUGCUGCUCCCCGAAGUUUGCGAUGCAAUUUUCAUCGCGCUCAAGGAGUUCAUAAAGGUUCCGAGUGGUCCCGCCGAGUGGAGGCAGAUCGCCCAAGGAUUCCACGAGCGAUGGAAUUUCCCGGGGUGCUGUGGAGCCAUCGACGGGAAACACAUCACGAUUCAAGCCCCGCCAAACUCAGGGACACAAUUUUAUAAUUAUCGAGGGACAAAUUCCAUAGUUCUCUUGGCAGUUGCCGACCACGAGUCUCGAUUCUUAUAUAUUGAUGUCGGGCGAAACGGAGUAAUGUCCGACGGUGGAGUGUUCAACAGCAGCACGUUGCACCCUGCCUUGGAAGGGGGUAUGCUGCCGGAGGGACAUUGUUUCGUGGGUGACGAUGCGUUUCCUCUAAAACCGUACUUGCUGAAACCCUACAAGGGUACGCAACUGUCCAGGGGGCAGAAGAUUUAUAAUUACCGGCUCAGCCGCGCCCGCCGCACGGUGGAGAGUGCGUUUGGUAUCAUGGCGAGUCGGUUUCGAAUCCUCUACACCAGGAUACCAUGCGCAUUGUCCACCGUGGAUAAAAUCGUUAUGGCGUGUUGCGCUCUGCAUAACUGGCUGCGCUCAACGGACGAGGAAAUACUUCCUCCUCCCGCCCCCCCGGCUGAGACUGCCGAAGUUCCCGCACCGCUCGCAGCAGGUUCAUCAGACACAGCAAGUGCGGCGGCAAGACUCUUCCGGGACAAUAUGAUGCAUUUUUUUACUGGGGAGGGAGCCGUGCCCUGGCAGGAAGAUAGAAUAUAUUAG